AUGUCAUCAAGAAGAUCAAGUUCUCGCAAGAGUUCGAAGCCAAAUCUUACACCACUUCAACAGCAAGAGAUCGAUGCUGCCUUUGAGAAAUUCGAUACUAAUAAAUCAGGCACAAUUGAUCGCCAUGAACUUCGCGUUGCUUUAAAGGGCAUGGGAUUCGAUCUUCCAAAGCAAGAAGUUAUUGCUAUCCUUGAGGAAUACGAUCCACAAGGACAGGAAUUAAACAAGGAGAAUUUCACAAAGGCUGUUGCUAAUUUAAUGGCCAAGAGAAAUCCAAAGGAUGAAGUUAAGAAAUCCUUCACAUUAUUCGAUGCUAACGGUGAUAGAAAGAUUGAUGAAAGCGACUUAACAUCCAUCAUCAGAACUACAGGACUUAACAUUGAUCCAAAGACAAUAAAGGAAAUGAUUGCUGAAUUCGCUCAGGAGGGUAAGGAUUACAUCACCCUCGAGGAUUUCAUGGAGAUCAUGAACCCAACAAAGUCUUAUUAA